UGGGCGCGGACGGAGAACGUGUACUGGGGACAGAAAGUGGGGAUCCGCUAAAGACUUUAGAGGAGUGCCUGGGUGGGGUGGGCUGGAGCUUGGGAGGCUUCAACAGGGUCGCCAACUGCUCCCGGCUCCGCUUCACAGGGACGGGGGUUGGGGACCAGCAGGACUUUGGAACCUACUACUGGAGGUGUUGCAAGAAAGAGGGCGCACGCUCUACACGCACGCUUGGCACCACGGCUCGCUGCAGCCAGCCGAGCCCCGCGGGUCACCCCCUACUCCAGGCCGCGGGUGCGGGAGCGUCCUCCGCAACCCGCACCCCUCCGUCUGCCUGGACCACCCGCAGAAGCAACUUGGCCCUGAGUGCAGGAGGCGGGCCCCGAAUCGCCCCGAGCCGGGGCGCGUCACGAGCGCCCGCUCCUGAUUGGCCGGCCGCGGCUGUCACGGGCCGGGCGCCCUGGGAUUGGUGUCGCCCGAGGCCAGAGCUGGAGUAACUGGACUCCGGGCGGCCGCUUGCAGUCCCGGAGCCUGAGGGGCUGGCGUCGGCGCCGAGCCCAAAGCCCUGGGUGGGAGCCUGGCAGGGACGCGCGCACCAUGCCCUACCUGCUCAUCAGCACCCAGAUCCGCAUGGAGGUGGGCCCUACCAUGGUGGGCGAUGAGCACUCAGAUCCAGAGCUGAUGAGGUAUCUGGGGGCCUCAAAGAGAAGCGUCUUGGGAAACAACUUUUGUGAGUACUUUGUUAAUGACCCUCCUCGCAUAGUCCUGGACAAACUGGAACGCAAGGGCUUCCGUGUGCUGAGCAUGACAGGCGUGGGCCAGACGCUGGUGUGGUGCCUGCACAAGGAGUGACCCUCUCACACUGAGGAGCAGACGGCACACCCCUCUUUUGAGCGGUUGCCAUGGCCCCCGAUCCUGAGUCCCCGCUCACUCACUGCCCGGCCCCUCUCUUCCCAAAUUGUCAUUUUCCUCAGCCCAGCACCACUGGGCAAUGAAUGGCCUUUUCUGAAACUUGCCUCAGCCAGUGGGAGAGGGCAGGGCCCCUGCCCUGGUGCUCCCAGCAGCCCCUCCAGCUUCUGGGCCUGAGAGCCCUGGAGGAGGCCAUGUUCUGUGGGAGCCACGAGAGCCAGGUUGUCCCCGGCCAGAAACUGGGAGCCCGUGAGGAGCAUGGCCCCAGGACUGGGCGGGAGGGUCCUGCGUAGCUAGUCCAAGCCAAUAAAGGACUGUGAUGAGUGGUU